UCCAUACAGCAAUACAUUUACGUACUACACAAUAAAAAAUAUCUUCAUGACUUAAAUGACACCUUAAAUUUUUAUUUUGAUUAUAACCAAAAAAAUUUCUAUCUUACAAGUUACUUAUAAAGAUGUCUUCAAAAAUAUUUACUCCAACUAAUCAAAUUAAACUAACAAAUGUAGCAAUUGUACGUUUAAAGAAGGGCGGUAAAAGAUUCGAGAUAGCUUGCUACAAGAACAAGGUGGUUUCAUGGCGAAAUAAUACGGAAAAAGAUAUUGAUGAAGUUUUACAAACUCACACAGUGUUCACAAAUGUUUCAAAAGGACAAGCAGCAAAAAAGGAAGAGUUAAUCAAAGCGUUUGGAAAAUCAGAUGAAACGGAAAUAUGUAAAGAUAUUUUAGCUAAAGGUGAACUUCAGAUUUCAGAAAAAGAAAGACAAACCAUGUUGGAUUCCACAUUCAAUAGUGUAGCUACAAAUAUCGCUUCAUUAUGUAUUAAUCCUGAUACAAAACAUCCUUAUUCAGUGUCAAUGAUAGAAAAAUUUUUGAAAGAUGCUCAUUUUUCCGUAAAGUUCAAUAAAAAUGCUAAACAACAAACUCUCGAAGCAAUUAAAUUACUCAAACAAAACAUCCCUUUGGAGCGAUCCAAAAUGAAAUUGAAAGUAACUUAUCCUGGCCGCGAAGGCUCAAAAAAAUUGAAAGAAUCAAUAACAAAAUUAUCAACUUCAGUUGAAUCUGAAGAAUGGGAUGAUGAUACAUUCGUAAUUGUUUUGUUGAUAGAUCCUGGAAAUUUUAGAAGCAUAGAUGAACUAGUAAGAAAUGAAUCCAAAGGAAAAGGUUUAGUGGAGCUUUUGGAACUAAAAGAAGUUGUGGAAAAUGAAGAAAUAUUUUAGGUUAUUUAUUUUUAUGAUAUUUUUGUAAUUUUAUUUAUUAUCGGAUGUAUCAUUGCAACUUGACCUUUAAAAAUUAAAAUAUGUAUUGCGAAAAACUGCCAUUGUCGUAAAAUUUUUUUUAGUCUUCUGGCAAAUUGCGUACGUAUUGCGGCUUAUGUGGAUAAAGUAUAAGGAAGCUAUUGUAUACAUCUAAUUAAAAUACACAAAUUUUUGUUAUUUACAAUCAAUUCAUAUAUUAUUAUAUACAUACCUAAAAAUAUAAUAAAAUAAAAAGUUUGAAAUAAAGAAAAAAUACCAGUAU